GCGCCGUUACCAUGGUAACGAUUAUUGUACCGGGCCUCGGCGUCAUAGGGGUGCAUGAACUAAAUCCUCAACAGAUAAACAAGUCGAAAUUACAGCUUCAGAUGUGUGAGGGGCCUUCGUCAAUAUCCGGGCCAAUCCCCCCAGACCCUUCUCUGUUUCCUCAAUACUACAAACGACCAGCUUCAGCUCGUGGGCGUUUAGAGGGAACCCAUGAUGGUACUUUGGGCCUGCUCUCAGGGCCUCUCGCUCCAGAUCCUGUGUUGCACCCUGGCUGCUACAGUGCUCGAACCCCACCACAUCCUCGCUGUGUUGGUUUUAAUGCCACCCAAAUUCUACAACGUGCACAGAGAGGGGUAGUGGGGGAACUACUUAAACUAGAUGGUGUUUCUAUCAGCCCUGUUCCCAAACAGAAACAGCGAGUACAUGACUUUGGUAAAGAGAAUGUGAGUCGACUCCGAGAGAUCCAGAGACGCUGCAAAGAGAAGGAGGCUGAGAGAGCACAGUCUUGUUCUGCUCCAGUCAAAGCCCUUUGGACCUCCUCUAAAUACCAGAAUGUCUCAUCCAGGGUGAUGGCCCAGCUACAGGUGUCUCGUCCAACUGUUAAACCACAGUGUCAAAACUUUCUGAAGGCCCACUCUACUGCCCCGUCAAGACCACACUCUAAAACCUGCAACUCUGCACAUGACCAGGGCCAGGACCUACAAUUACAGGUGCAGGGUCAUACCAUAGACUUCAUAAAACAUAAUGCACAGGCUGCUAGAAGAGCUGUGCUGCGUCGGUCCCAGUCACUAACAAACCUAAGAGAUAAGCCUGUCCCCAGUGCAGUAAAGGGACAGGUGCCUCAGUAUCUUGAGGAAAGGAAGGAGCAGUGGCGCAAAGAGGAGGAGGAGAGGAGGAAGAGCGCUCCUGACCCUACAGUACCAGCUGGUCACACCCUGAUGCCUGAGAGUGAAAGACAGGAGACACUGAAGUCCCUUAAAGAGACCCAUCAUUCCCUGGUGACUGAGCUGCUAUCACUCCCUCUCAAAGCUGACAAUCUGAGUAUUCGGUCACAUCGGGCACACCUUGACUGUAGGCUUUCUGAAAUUGAGGAGGCCAUAAAAAUAUUUUCCAGGGACAAAGUUUAUGUAAAAGCAGAUUCCUAACAUGAAGAAGAGGAGGAGGAGGAAAGAAGAAAGAAGAGAUGAUUCUGUAAAUCCACUGCUUUUAGAUUUAUUUUCAUUGUUAUUUGCAUUAUGUAAUGCAAUACUGAAUCUUGUAAAAUAGAUGGUUAUUGUAAUGUUAGAAACGUAGUUUCAUUUAGUAUUUUGUAAAUGAAACUGAAUGAAUAUUACACAUCCUCCCACAGACCAAAGACAUGCAGCUUAGGUUGAUUGGAGACUCUAAAUUGGCCAUAGGAGUGAGUGUUUCAGGGGCAUUACUAGACACAAAGCUCUACUGGAGCACAGGCCCCUCAUUACUCGAAUCACAACUAUUUUUCUUGAAACUACUGAUAAACAUAAAAAUGUAGAGAUAGUAAUCUUUAUUAACAUAAUUACUUCAGCAUACAGAACACUAUCAACAUGUUUUUAUGGCACAAAGGUCUGGCCUUGUAUUGCAUAUUUCUUUG